GGUAUUAUUAUCGCUUUUCAAUUACCUUCGGGCCCUUUGGAGUCUCCUUGGCUGAUACGAAAAUUUACAUAGGGAUGGAAGCAACCGCGACAACAGCGAGUUUGAAUGUGGAUGACGAUUUAGAUAUUUGUACUUCGGCGAAAUUGGUCAAAACUUUGGAGAGAAAUGGUAUCACUGCGGGAGACAUCAAAAAGCUGCAGGAAGCUGGCUUCUACACUGUGGAAUCAGUGGCUUAUGCACCUAAAAAACAUCUCGUAACAAUUAAAGGCAUCAGUGAGGCCAAGGCAGAUAAAUUACUGCAGGAAGCCUCGAAGCUGGUCAACAUGGGUUUCAGGAGUGCUACAGAGAUACAUCAGAUACGUGCUAAUAUCGUUUAUAUCACUACAGGAUCAAAAGAAUUGGAUAAUUUGUUAGGGGGAGGGAUAGAGACAGGGUCCAUUACUGAGCUUUUUGGAGAAUUCAGAUCAGGAAAGUCUCAAUUAUGUCACACCCUAGCUGUCAAUUGUCAAUUACCAAUCAGCAUGGGUGGAGCUGAAGGAAGAUGUUUGUAUAUAGACACAGAGAAUGGUUUUAGACCAGAGAGAUUAACAGCUGUGGCUGAAAGAUACAAGAUCAGUGGAGACUCGGUUCUUGACAAUGUCGCCUGUGCUAGAGCAUUCAACACCGAUCAUCAGACUCAGUUAGUGGUACAAGCCAGUGCCAUGAUGACUGAGGCUAGAUAUGCCUUGUUGAUCAUCGAUAGUGCAACCAGUCUGUACAGAACCGAUUACUGUGGCAGAGGUGAGUUAAGCGAAAGACAACAGCAUCUGGCGCGCUUCCUCAGGAUGUUACUGCGAAUAGCAGAUGAGCACGGGAUUGCUGUUGUUAUAACAAACCAAGUGGUUGCUCAAGUUGAUGGUGCUGCUAGUAUGUUUGGCGGUGACCAGAAGAAACCAAUUGGCGGCCACAUAUUGGCACAUUCAAGUACGACAAGAUUGUAUUUGCGUAAAGGCAGAGGAGAAACUAGAAUAUGUAAGAUAUAUGAUUCUCCUUGUCUGCCAGAGAACGAAGCAACAUUUGCUAUAUACUCGGAUGGUGUCAGUGAUGUAAAAGAAUAGACUUGUUACACAUGUUAAGCGCAAUAUUACUACAGAUUAUAAGUUAUUUUCAUACAUACAUUAAUACGCAUACAUUAUCAUUUAUUUUGUUACUAUUAAUAAAAGCUCCCAUCUUGUGAGGAGUCUAUAAAUCAAUGUAAUUUAACAUAACCAUGAAAAGAAGAGAAUAAGUAUAUAUUUUUCUUAGAAUAUUUUGUAUAACAUUGUAAAGGCAAAGAUUUAAUACAAAUUUCAUGUGCACAUGAAUUUGGUUUUGUCAAGCCACUUUUGUGUCAUUAUAUUUGAUGUUA